UACUCCUCCGUAGUAUUUCCGCGAAAACCCUCCUCCCUUUUUCCUCCUCCGACCUCCGCUUCCAAUCUCUCCGCCGCCGCCGUCGCCGCCGACUUCCUCCUCCUCCUACUCCGGGUCGGCCGAACCCUAGCCUCGGGGGGCGAGCCCUUCGCCGUCUCCGCUCUGCCGGGGGAGGUUCCCGCGAGCCGUGUUGGUUGGGUUGGUGCGUGAAGAAGAUGGACGACGGCUAUGGCUCCGUCACGAUAGUCCACGACGCGCGCUCGCCCGAGGACGUCUUCCAGGACUUCCGCAGCCGCCGCGCCGGCAUCGUCAAGGCGCUCACCACCGAUGUGGAGAAGUUUUACGAGCUCUGCGACCCUGAGAAGGAGAACUUGUGCCUCUAUGGAAUGCCUAAUGAAACCUGGGAGGUGUCUCUGCCAGCUGAUGAAGUUCCUCCUGAACUACCAGAGCCAGCACUGGGGAUAAAUUUUGCUCGAGAUGGAAUGGAUGAGAAAGAUUGGUUGUCCCUGGUAGCUGUCCAUAGUGAUUCAUGGUUACUAUCUGUGGCAUUUUACUUUGGGGCUCGUUUUGGAUUUGAUAAAGAAGCCAGAAAACAGCUCUUCGCAAUGAUUAGUACUCUUCCCACUGUCUUUGAAGUUGUGUCAGGAAGUGUGAAGAAGCAAUCAAAAACAGCCAAUAACAGUAGCAAAAACAAGGCAGGAUCGAAGCCACCGAAGAAGCCCAGUUCUGAUAGCAAGCCACCAAAGCAGUACACAAAAGACAACAGCAGUAGAGGAAAUGGAGGUCACGAAGAUCAAGGUGAAACCAGUUGUGGCGCCUGUGGUGAGGCUUACACAAAUGGCGAGUUCUGGAUUUGCUGCGACAUUUGUGAGACUUGGUUCCAUGGCGAGUGUGUCCGAAUCACCCCUGCCAAGGCACAGCACAUCAAGCAUUACAAGUGUCCUAACUGUAGCCACAAGAGGGGCAGAGAAUGAGUGUGCAAUUCAUCUUUC